AGUCUAGUUUCUUUUGUGCUUUAGGUUUCAAUGGCAGUUUCAAAGUUGCUCUCUCUUUCUCUAUUCAUCACUUUCCUCGGUGUCGUCAACAAUGGCCGAGUGGAAGCAUCUCACAGUGUUUAUCCACAAUUCCAGUCUCUAGCUGCAGUUACUGUCCUGCAACUUCACAGAACUGGCUUUCACUUUCAGCCUCCUAAAAAUUGGAUCAACGAUCCAAACGCUCCAAUGUACUUCAAUGGAAUAUACCAUUUUUUCUACCAAUACAACCCCAAAGGCGCAGUUUGGGGCAACAUUAUUUGGGGCCAUUCAGUUUCAAAAGACAUGGUCAACUGGGAAGCACUCGAACCUCCAAUCUACCCUUCACAACGCUUCGACAAAAAUGGCGCCUGGUCCGGUUCAGCCACCAUUCUCCCUAACAAUAAACCCAUCAUUCUAUACACCGGUGUCGAUCCCAAUAACAGGCAGGUCCAAAACUACGCAGUCCCGGCUAACUUAUCUGAUCCUUAUCUACGUAGAUGGAUCAAGCCAGCUCGUCUCAACCCGGUGGUCGACCCCGACCAAGGCGUAGACGCCAGUGCGUUUCGUGACCCAUCCACCGCUUGGCGGCUGAACGGCCAUUGGAGAAUGGUGGUCGGCAGCAAAAGGAACCACAGAGGGAUAGCCUAUCUGUACAGAAGCAGGGAUUUCUUCCAUUGGGUUAAAGCUAAACACCCUUUACAUUCAGCACCCCAUACAGGCAUGUGGGAAUGCCCUGAUUUUUACCCGGUCUUGUUAUCCGGUAAACAAGGUCUUGACACGUCUGUGGUGGGAAAACAUGUCAAACAUGUUCUGAAAGUGAGUUUGGAUGUUACCAGAUACGAUUACUAUACGGUCGGCACGUAUUUAACCGAUAAGGAUCGAUACGUGCCGGAUAAUACAUCGGCCGAUGGCUGGGCUGGCCUUAGAUAUGAUUUUGGGAACUUUUAUGCUUCAAAGACCUUCUUUGAUCCUGCUAAAAAGAGGAGGGUUUUGUGGGGUUGGGUUAAUGAAUCUGAUUCCACUUCUGAUGAUGUUAAAAAAGGAUGGGCUGGAAUUCAGGCAAUUCCAAGAACAGUGUGGCUUGAUCCCAAUCAAAGGCAAUUGAUGCAAUGGCCUAUUCAAGAGUUGGAGAGUCUCAGAGGGGAAAACGUUAAAAUCAGCCAUCGAAAGCUUAAGACAGGCCAACAUAUUGAAGUCAAGGGAAUUACUGCUGCUCAGGUUGAUGUUGAUGUUACCUUCUUUAUUCCUAGUUUGGAUAAAGUUGAGGCAUUUAACCCUAGUUGGAGUUUGACAGAUGCCCAACUUCUGUGUGCUAAAAAGGGUGCAAAGGUUCAAGGUGGAGUUGGUCCAUUCGGGCUUUUGGCUUUAGCUUCAAAAAACCUUGAAGAAUAUACUCCAGUCUUCUUCAGAAUAUUCAAGACUUCAACCAAACAUAUAGUUUUAUUGUGUUCUGAUGCAAGAAGUUCGUCGUUGGAGGAUGGUCUUUAUAAACCAUCAUUUGCCGGCUUUGUGGAUGCAGAUUUGGCAGAUAAGAAGCUUUCUUUGAGGAGUUUGAUUGAUCAUUCUGUAGUGGAAAGCUUCGGAGGCGGAGGAAAAACAUGCAUAACAUCUAGGGUUUAUCCUACAUUAGCAGUGCUUGAGAAUGCUCAUUUGCAUGCAUUCAACAAUGGGAGUCAGACCAUCAUUGUUGAGAAUCUUAAUGCAUGGAGCAUGAAGAAGCCUCUAAUGAUGAACUAAAGUUUCAGGGGACUUUGAUUAUAUAUGUGCGGUUCUCAUGUGUA